AGUCACAGCCAGGUAACCCUGGAGUGAAGCGGUUUAGUUAGAAGGGGACAGAUAAACUCGUCACUCUAGUAGCUUUAACCCUCACCCUGAGGCACCUUAGCAACCAGCCAUUCCCUGCAAGCCUCCAAAGCUUAUCUUUGCCUAAUAUGGAGCCCAAAGAAGCCACUGGGAAAGAAAACAUGGUCACCAAGAAAAAGAAUCUGGCCUUCUUGAGGUCCAGACUCUAUAUGCUGGAGAGAAGGAAGACUGACACUGUGGUUGAGAACAGUGUUUCUGGGGACCACUCUGGCACCUUGAGGAGGAGCCAAUCUGACAGGACUGAAUACAACCAGAAAUUACAAGAAAAGAUGACUCCACAGAGUGAGUGUUCUGUAGCUGAGACCUUAACCCCAGAGGAAGAGCAUCAAAUGAAGAGGAUGAUGACAAAGCGGGAAAAGAUCAUUAAGGAGCUGAUACAGACGGAAAAGGAUUAUCUCAAUGAUCUAGAGCUGUGUAUUAGGGAAGUGGUUCAGCCCCUGAGAAAUAAAAAGAUUGAUAGGCUGGAUGUGGAUAGCUUGUUUAGCAACAUUGAGUCCGUGCAUCAGAUAUCAGCCAAGCUGCUGUCAUUGUUGGAAGAGGCCACAACAGACGUGGAACCGGCCAUGCAAGUAAUUGGAGAAGUAUUCUUGCAGAUUAAAGGGCCACUGGAAGAUAUUUAUAAAAUCUACUGCUAUCACCAUGAUGAAGCACAUAGUAUACUGGAGUCCUAUGAAAAGGAAGAAGAGCUGAAGGAACAUUUGAGCCACUGUAUCCAGUCCUUAAAGAAAAUAUACGUGCAAGAAGGCAAACCAAACUUAUUGGACAUGGGCUCUUUGAUGAUCAAACCAAUUCAACGUGUGAUGAAAUACCCCCUAUUACUGUGUGAACUUCGGAAUUCCACCCCUCCCUCUCACCCAGAUUACAGAGCACUGGACAAUGCGUUUGCUGCUGUGAAGGACAUUAAUGUUAACAUCAAUGAACUUAAAAGAAGGAAAGAUUUAGUUCUAAAAUACAAGAAGAAUGACGAGGAUGAAUCACUUAAAGACAAAUUGUCUAAACUAAAUAUUCAUUCAAUUAGCAAGAAAUCAAAAAGAGUGACAAAUCAUCUGAAGAUUCUGACCAGAGGAGAAUCACAGGUUAAAGACAAUACCUUUAACAGAGAAGAAAAGCUGUUUAGAGCUUUAGAAAAGACUGUGAGGCUUUGUGUGAGGAACAUUUCACUCUGUCUUCAACACAUACAGGAUGCCAUGCCCCUGGCUCUGCACGGUGUAAUGGACCUUCAGGAGAUUUCAUACAACAAAGACGAUGAGAUGGGCUAUUCUGAGACCCUAAGUAAUGCCUUAAAUUCGUGUCAUGACUUUGCAUCUCACUUACAGAGACUCAUCCUGACCCCCUUGUCAGCCCUGCUGUCCUUAUUCCCAGGGCCUCACAAGCUCAUCCAGAAACGCUAUGACAAACUGCUGGAUUGCAACAGCUACCUGCAGCGAUCAGCAGGAGAGGAGUCAGACUUGGCCAAAAAGGAGUAUGAGGCCCUCAAUGCCCAGCUUGUGGAGGAGCUCCAGGCAUUCAACCAGGCUGCUCGGAAGAUUCUGUUGAACUGUCUGUGCAGCUUCAUUACUCUCCUUAAGGACCUGAUGCUCAUGGCACAGCAGGCUUACUCCACACUAGUGCCGGUGCCACUGUUGGUUUCAAGCAUUUCUGAGAUUCAGAAUCAAGUACUAGAAGAGAUCCAAAAUUUGAAUUGUGUGAAAGAAAACAGUGCCACCUUUAUUGAGAGAAAACUCAGUUUUGAAAAGAAGAAGCCUGUGCAGAUUCUGCCAGAAAUGCCACAUCAAACUGACAUUCAUCGCUCCAAACUUCUAUCCACAUAUAGUGCAGAGGAAGUCUAUCAAGCUAAGCGCAAGUGCAAUGCUACACAAGAAUAUGACAUCAAUCUUCUGGAAGGAGAGUUGGUGGCUGUGAUAGAACAGAAAGAUCCACUGGGGAGUACAAGCAGAUGGCUUGUGGACACAGGAAAUGUGAAAGGAUAUGUUUAUUCCUCCUUCCUAAAACCCUACAAUCCAGCAAAAAUGCAGAAAGUGGAUGCUGUGAAUAGGUUCUGUGACGAUGAUUUUGAGAACAUCAGCCUCUUCGUGUCUUCACGGCCAGCUAGUGACAGUGUCACAGGCACCUCAGAAAGCAGCAUUGGUGAUAGCAGCUCAUCUCUUAGUGGCACAUGUGGAAAGUUUGAAACAAAUGGUACUGAUGUUGACAGUUUUCAAGAAGUAGACGAACAGAUUUUCUAUGCAGUUCAUGCUUUUCAAGCACGGAGUGACCAUGAACUCAGCCUUCAGGAAUACCAGAGAGUUCAUAUACUUAGGUUUUGUGACCUAAGUGGCAAUAAAGAGUGGUGGUUAGCUGAAGCUCAAGGGCAAAAAGGAUAUGUGCCCGCUAACUACCUUGGAAAGAUGACUUAUGCUUAAGAAAAUAAGCCUUCAACUUUUAUUUUCCACUUUAUCCAUGCAUCCAGAGAGAUGGAUAUAGGACUCAAUAUCCUGAGGAGGAGAACUUUGAAUCACCAGGUCAACUACAGGAAUGUCCAAACCACGAGGAGCCACAUUGGUUGCCACCAAAACUUUAUAAUUACCUCUCUGAAGCCUUUUAGUGUAAUUUCUUUGUGACUGUGCAAUGUCCCCAUGUAAACACAGUGCAUUCUGUUUUGUGCAGAUUCAUGGCCAUGUCAGUUACAUUCUUCUUGGUCUCACAGAAAACAAUAGCCCUCCCUUCAGAUCCACUGUAGACUUGAAGGACAUCUCAUUAUCAUCUGUGUUUUAUAAAGGAGGAAACUGAAGACCUCACAUGGAGCGACUGGGAUUUAAAACCAGGUCUUCUGACUUUAAGGCCUUUUCUUUUAGUGUUUUCCCUUUUCUUUUCCUUAAGUCACUAAAAUCUAUAGUCAUAUAAUCUUACAAAAAGCAUGAUAUGCAAAAUAGAAAAAUGAUAGUCACCACAUAUCUACUAAUGGGAUUAAAAUGUACAAUCCUAAUAGCUUACUUGUUAGCACACUUGCUUAUCUGUCCAUUCAUUCAUUGAACCAGUAUUUAUUGAGAGUUAGUGGGAAUACAAUGCUGCGCAAGACAAACAAGAUCCCUCCCUUCAUACCACUUAAAUUCUAGUGGGGAAAACAUCUGCACAUAACAAACUAAAUAAAAUGAUCAUAAAAUAAUAAAUGCUAUUUAUAUAAAACUGGCUACUUUCAUUACUGCUCACUUAAAGGGUCUUGUAGCUCAUUUUAUGAUAUGAAAAAAAUCAAGGUCUAAAAGCUCCUUGAGACAAUUUAAACUCUAAUACCAAAUAUACCUCUAUAAAAUACCAAACUGAGCUAAAUACUGUAUUAGAUAUGUGUACUUAUACAUAUGUACAUAACCUAAAUAUAUGUAUGCACACAUUAUCUAUACAAAGAGCCAUACUCAGUGAAAGAUAAAUUACCUCCUAAAGUCCCCUCUGAGGUACAAUAGAAAUUAAAAUAAUUGCUUCUUUUCUCAACUCUAUGUAGCACGUAUUUUCUGUGAUGGGAUAAAUGUUUUCAUUUCAAGUGCCAAUGUGUGAACUGUAAUAAACAUUACUACUUUCAUUUUUUGUAGGUAUGGAGGUUACAUUAACUGUUAUAGUUGCCGAGCUGAGUUUUUAUGUCAGGUAAUUUUGUUUAGUCCAAACUGGUUUUGAACUAUAAACAAUUAUGGAUAUGUAUUUUUUGGUUUCUUUGACCCUGAAGGGAAAUUGGGGUGUAUGUCAAAUUGAUGUUUUAUCAAAAUAAAUCUGUUUUUCAAAGCAAAA